AGACCACAACAGACGACCAGACGACGUUCGUUCGUCCGUUUGAAGAGAUCGUGAACCGACCGGAGACCGUGUCUAUCGUUACCGGUGCAAUUCUUAUCUUUUUUUUUUCGCACGCUAGUGAAUUGUGGUAAUUAAGUUCAGUUCGACGAAACGUGCUUCGCGGGUUCGUUAUAUCGACGGAGUUCAUUAUGCAUGCAAACCAAAGACGAUCGCAAAGGAAACAAUAGAACAAUAUCUAUUUUCUCGCCGUUGGAAAAGAGAAACUUAUCGUAGAGUGUUCGGGUCGUAUUCGCGGCCCAGAUCAUCAGCAGAGGUGGCGUGGGGUACGGCAGUGAUGGAAUUGCAGAGCUGGCUGCUCUAUCAUCUUGUAGCCGUAACCGACUGCAAUCAAGUUACUUUUGCCUGAGUUUCAACCGUGCUCACAGAACAGUACUUCUUUAUUUCAUUCACAAUCCCGUUAUCGCCUAGAGGAAACAGCGAUCUACCAAUGUUUGAUGUGAUGCAGUCGGCGACUACAUUGAACGGUGGAUCUUAUCCCGCCGGAGGCACCGGAAGUCGUGCCCGCGAUUUAGGCCUGCGGGCGCAGAAGAAACUCCUCGGCAGAGUAGUAUCCACAGGAGCUGGAAGAUCGCUUCUGAUAGACGAUGCCACCACUUCGCUUUUAGACAAUCUUUACAAGCUCAUGGAGAGAGCUGCUAAAGCCAAUUCCAAUUUGGACAAAAAGCAGCCUGAAAAAGUGUUGAAAAACAUCGUUAAGUUGUCCAUUAAGGUAGGACUACUACAACGUAACCAGCAAUUAAACGUUACCGACGACGCGAAGCUAGUCGAAAUAAGGAAUGCUCUGAGAGCCGUGGCGAUGUCCGUGGUUUCCUUUUACGAAUUGGAGUUCAGUUUCGAUAAGGCAUACUUAAUCAAGUCGCUGGAGCGUUGCAGAACAGCGAUACAAACGCUCAUAAAGCCACAUCUUACGGACAAGUCGCAGGACCGGUGUGAUCAGGUGUUCGACUUUUUAACGCAUUCCGACUUUUUGGACUCCGUUUUCAGACAAGACUCUGAACUCAGACCUAUCCUAGGAAUGCUAGUCAGUGAUAUCAAUAAGGCCUUAGAUGCUGGGCAUCUUUGAUUUUUUCUUUCUUUUGUUAAUAUAACAUCGUUUUCGUGAUCGCUGUGAAAAGCAUCGACGAAACUGAUACACUUGCUGAUACGUUUUUUAAAAUUAAGAGGGGGACAAAGGGAUUCUUUCCCCGAUCACAGUUUGAAGAAAGAAAUCAUGGUGCAGUUACUUAUGAUUGUCUGUAAAAGAAAACAUAACGAGGGUAGUGCUCACUGAUGUAUGCAAUAAUUGUGAAAUACUCUAUUUAUUUUCAGAAUGUAUAUUGUAUAAUUGAUGUAUAUUUAUUUACGGUACUCGUGUGUUAGGACACCAACUGUCAAUCUAUACCAAAAAGAAAAAUGAGCUUAUUUACGCCCGACAAUGGGCUUUAUAGCGACGGCAGUAGAAAUGAUUCGUUCAUCCCGACAGAAUUAACGCGUGAAAGAAGCAAUUUAUCACCGUAGAGAUCACGCCAAUUGAGAUACGUGCUACGAACAAAUCCUUUUUGAAAGUUUAAUCUUCCACUCGUCAAGAGCUAUAUCCUGACAUAUCGACGAGUGCAUUUUAGGGCAAGAUGGGUCCUUCGUUUAUACCUAUAUCGCGCUUCGAUACAUUUUCGACACACUUACAUUAUAAACACGACAUAUCUAAUGUAGUCAUGGCUAAGCCUCAAUACUUGGAUUGAAAACAUUUACAUCACAUGUACUACAAGUAUAUCGCGAUUUAUGCGUGUUUUCUAUGCAUUAUACACACUUUACACGUUAUGUGUGAUGACUCUCAAUGAGAAAAAAAAUGUUGUAUCAAUAUACUAUUAAUAAAUUAUUUGUAAGGAGACAAACAAUCCCUUUUCUUUCAGUAUUACUCCUUGCUACUUUCUUCUAUUUCUUUAGAUAAAAUGAUUAAUAAAUGCAGUUUCAAUCAAUGAUUUGGUAUAUUUAUGUACACAGAUUAUGUAGCACAAUCGCACGGACACACACGCACACGCACACAAUUACAAUAUUAUCAGCACAGCUGUAUUCACUGUCCAAGCAGCACUGUGUAUAAGAGAUAUUUAAUAUUCGGUAUAUCAAAUAAAAAUACAGAAAUUAUUUACUUUCACGUUAUAAUUAAUUUAGUAAAAUGUUGCAUAUAUUUGGUUAAAUUCAACUGUUACAACAUUUUAACAGAACACAAUGAAAAACGAGCCGUUUCUAACAAUCCAAACACAAUGUAAAUUUUGAAAUCUAAAAGUACUCAAAAAAACAGUCUAUAUAAUUUCCCUCUAUCUUUAACAUGGAUGAUAAAUACUUUUUUUAAAUAACACUUUGUCAUAGAUAUAAUGAGAACACAAACACAGGGACUAAUGUGUAACAAACUUAACUAUACUUCAAUAGUACAAAGAAAAUAAAAUAUACGCAUAAUAUAAGGACAAAUAUUUCGAACUCAUCCUACAAUAAUUUGUCAUGAAUUUUCUAAUAUUCUUAUGUUAAACAUAAAUAUAAUAUAAAAGAACAUUUCCUGGCACAGUGAUGCAACUAUUAUAAUUGUACAAAAUUGUUAUAUAACUUAUACAUAUAUUUAAGUAUAAAAAUUAUUUAUUUAUACUUUUCAUAUUGUAUUAAUUGAGUUGAAAUAUACGAUGCAUAGAUUUUCUUGUUUUAAUGAUGUUAGCAUAAAAAUUAGAAUGUUUUAGUAUGGAUAUUGUAUUAAACGUAUGCCGAAGACAGCUACUCAAUAUUGUUAAGGUGUUUUGUAUGAAAACGAAGAACUUCAAAUGAAUUAAAUUUAAUGAUUAUUGUUAAAGUUUAUGUAUUUCCAUAAAAUACCAAAAA